CACCCGACACAAGAGUACUUCAACGAAAGCGCGAACUAUUUUCCCAAAUUUCAGCUUUUCCCGCCUAAAUCCCCGCUCUCUUUCCCUCUCUAACUUUUGUUUUUCCCUCAUUUUUCUGUCUACAACAACAACAAGCACUUCCCUCUCUUUUUCUCUCUCUCUCGUCAAAUCUCAAUGCAUACAAUUCUUCUUCCUUUGUUAAAAGAUUCUUUUCUCUAGAAACAAUGCCGGACCUCGGAAUCGUUUCUCUCUCAGCUUCUCUAACCCUCACUACCUGCCCUAACUUCAAAUCGCUCACUGAACCACCGGAUCAGGGCUCGGUCAAAACCCUAGGCGUUGACUGCGAUUGGGACCGGGGGCUCAGGCUCCCGACUUUGCACAAUGGCGAGGUCAGCAAUGGUCCUGCAAUCAGGGUUUUCCGGCGGAGCCGCCCCUUGGCGGGCCCGUCCAAGAAGGCCUCCAACGGCAAGAGUUUAGAGGAUCAUGUAAGGGACUGGGUUAGCACAAGAGUGGAAUUGGGCAUUCCUGAAUCCCGGUGCUCGUUGCCGUUUCUUUACGGCGCAAAGAAAUUGGUUGAAUGUCUUGUUUGCCAUAAAUUUGCCUACCCCGGGGAAGUGGUCUCAUGCUCUGUUCGUGGUUGUCAAGGAGUCUAUCACAGGAAAUGUGUGAAGGAUAGGUUUGGGAUCUCUUUGAAAAAAUUCAAGUGUCAGCAACAUGCAUGCUUCAUUUGCAAACAGAGGGUAGAUUGGAGGUGUGUGCGAUGCAGUAUUGCCUCACAUGAUAAAUGUGCAGCAUGGCCAGAUGAAGUGAUUUACUUGAAAGACCGGCCAGGGAAAGCUGUUUGUUGGAGGCAUCCUACAGAUUGGCGGGAGGAUAGGAAGCAUGCGGCUUCGAUAAGCAGUAUAGAGGAGGUAUUCUGUCGCUUGCCUCUGCCUUACACUGCUGAGGAGUUCAAGAUUGACUUAGCUUGGAAAGACACAGAUAUUAAAAUAGAGCCACCUCCAUAUUUGCACAUCAGGCGUAAUAUUUACCUAGUCAAGAAAAAGCGCGAUAAUGUUGGUGAUGAUGUUGGAUGCACAUGCAUUUCCAGCUGCUCUCAGGAUUGUGUUUGCAGGGGUCAAUGCAUAAGCUGCUCAAAGGAUUGCCAUUGCUCAGAAAAUUGUACAAACCGACCAUUUCGCAAGGAGAAGAGGAUUAAAAUCGUCAAGACUGAACACUGCGGUUGGGGAGCAGAGGCAGCAGAAUCUGUUAAGAAAGGGGAUUUUAUAAUUGAGUAUGUUGGGGAAGUUAUUGAUGAUGCUUUGUGUGAAAAAAGGCUUUGGGAUAUGAAGUAUAAAGAGGUGAACAAUUUCUAUAUGUGUGAAAUUCGAAAAGACUUCACAAUUGAUGCAACCUUCAAAGGAAAUCCAUCACGAUUUUUAAACCACAGCUGUGAUCCCAACUGUGUCCUUGAAAAGUGGCAAGUUGAGGGUGAAACGCGUGUGGGGGUGUUUGCUGCACGAUCAAUACAAGUUGGAGAGCCAUUAACAUACGAUUAUAGAUUUGUGCAAUUUGGACCUGAGGUGGAGUGCCGUUGCGGUGCUCCAAAUUGUCAACGCUUCCUUGGGACCAAGAGAAAGAUGGGUAAGGUGGAACUUUGCUGGGGUUCAAAACGCAAGAGAACAUCAACAGCCUGCAUAGCUAUCAUUACCGGAUGAUUAGUAUCAAACUAAGAGAAAUGUGGGCUAAUAGAAAUGCAGAAGGCAAAAAGAAAAACAAAAUAGAGAAAAAAUUACAGAAAAUCCUGUGCAGCAGCAGCAGCACUUUUAUUUGCUGUAUGAUUGCAUCUAAUUGAAUUUUGCCCUUGUUGGGAUGUGUACUUUCAUUAGACCACAAUAAGAGAGUUGACGUGUUUGUUCCACACGCCAAACUUAAUCACUGAUUAUGGAAAUUUAUUGCUCUGUAUGGUAUAGAAGAUUGGGUAAGUCGCUGUGUU